CUCUGAGCCCACGGGACCAGUCAGGAGCCGUGUCUGCCAGGCCCCUGCCCCAGAGAACCGUCAGGCCCCCCACGACCACGACAGGUGAGCAGAGCAUGGGAUGGGCUGAAACGCAAACCCAGGCCAUCUGUCUCAGCACAGGCGGGGCUGAGGGUGCCCGGGACUGCAUCUGAGGGCAAGCCCCAGCCCUGGGCAGUGAGCCCGGCUGGGCUGUCGGUAGCAGGUUCUGUGUCCUGACUGGCAUCUGUGUGAAGGGAGCAUGUCUGCCGUUUGGGCUUUCUCCUUGUGUCCGAGCCGUGUCCAUCCACGUGCAGAUGUUGUGUGCGUGGGGACCACUGCGUGUCGGGGCGUGGUGUCUGCGUGGACGCCUGCUCGGGGGGCCUGUGGUCUGGGUACGGUGGGGGUGUGGGCGCUGUGAGUGAAUCUGACUGGGGGGACAGUGUGCAGCUCUAGGCUCGUGUCAGCUUUGGGGAGCCCGUGUGCCGACUGGCACACUGAGGUGCAGGGUGGGGACCUUGCCAUCUGUCUUCACGUGUCUGUGUGACAAGGACUCCCGUUCCUGCUGCAGUACCCACUCCCACCCCUCGGGUAAGAUGGAGAAGCAGGGGCUGGGUAAGGACAGAGGUUUGUUCCAAGUCCCAUGGCAGCGGCAGAUCUGAGCAGACACCAGCGGUCGGGGUCACGAGGAGCCAUAGAGCAGCGUGGGGUCGUUCUGCCCAGGCCCUGGCCACACCGGGAGCCAACACACACCACCAGGGUCUGACCAGGCUCCCUCCUGCGGCAUGGCAUCCCUGGGCACCCCGGGAAACCAGGGCAGGUGUGGCCCUCGGAGCUCAACCCCACCCCCGGUGACCCGGUGACGGUCCUGCUGCCACCCUGGGAGGCACGGAGGGGGCAAGUGUCCUGCCCAAGGCACAGGUGGCCAGUGAGAGGGCAGGGUUUAAACCCAAGCGUCUGUCCCAGAGCCCAUACCCUGGAGCUCUGCUGCCUCCUGAAAUCUUUGCAGGAUGAACACUGGAAGGUCUUGCCACCUGGAGCAGGUGCUGAAAGGGGCAGCGCUGAGUCCAAGGUUCCUGUUCUCCAAAUACAGUCUCCACUCCAAGGCCCAGCUUGUUUCAGCAACCAGCUGGGUGGCCCAUCAACGUCAAGGGUGUGGACCCGUUCAGGGCCACGUUCUGAGGCACUUACAGGGCAGAUAAAGAGCUAAAACCCCAGCCACACUCCAAGGGCCUAGACUGGUCUUUGAAUGGCUUUGGAGACCCGGAGGCUCGCAGGGCCGUCUGGAGGGCCGGCUCCCGCAAGGGGGAUUCUGGCAGACGUGGGGCUGGGGACGGGCUGGGCAGCAGGCGAGAGACCUGUAGCUGCGCAGCCAAGCGGCCGGGGGGCUGACGUCUGUCCUCCCGACCCGGCCGGCCAGCCUGAGACAACAAUUUCCUGUAGCUGGGAGGAAGCUGCCACCAGCCUUGCCCCCGCGAGGCCCCUUGACUCUCACUGCAGGGGGCAGGGCUGGGGGCAUCGGCAGAGGGAGGCCCCACCCCCAGGACCUCCCUGUGCAGCUGUGGCCACUCAGCCAGGUGGACAGCAGGAGCUGGCACUUCCCCAUCUGCCCAGGCUCACUCGCCCACUGCUGCUGACCUGGAUGACCUCGGCCCUGGCCACCCCUCAAUCCCCAUGAAGCCUGUUUGCAGGUCCCCAGCUCGGGCCUCUGAGGGGCCCUGCUUGUCUUCCUAGAACCCACAUCUGCUCUCCUGCCACCCAGUGCCCAGUGGGAAACUCGUGGUGCCAUGGCCAGGCCCCGGGCAGCACUGAGGGGGGCAGACGAGGGUCAGGACCCCUCCUCGUGGGGAGCUCAGCCAACACAGCCCCCGCGUCUAACCUGCCACCUGUGUCCCCAGGCAGGGCCAGCACACCAUGUCUCCAGGCACCAACUCCUCGGAGGUGACCGAGUUCAUCCUGGGGGGCUUCCCGGGCUCGCGGGGCCUCCACGGGGGCCUGCUGGGGCUGUUCCUGCCGGCCUACCUGCUGACCGUCACCGAGAACCUGCUCAUCGUGGCCGUGAUCUGCACCAGCCCCCCGCUGCACAAGCCCAUGUACAUCUUCCUGGGCAACCUGUCCUUCCUGGAGGUGGGGUACGUCUCCGUCACGGUGCCCAAGAUGCUGCUCAGCCUGGCGGUGCCCGAAUUCCGCCGCAUCUCCUUCGCGGGCUGCAUGGCGCAGCUAUACUUCUUCCUGGCGCUGGCCUGCACCGAGUGCACGCUCCUGGGCGUCAUGGCCUAUGACCGCUACGUGGCCAUCUGCCGUCCCCUGCGCUACCCGGCCGUCAUGAGCCCCAGCCUCUGCAGCCUCUUGGCCGCAGGUUCCUGGCUCUCGGGCUUCACCGUCUCCAUGGGAAAGGUCUUCUUCAUCUCGCGUCUGGGCUACUGCGGCCCCAACGUCGUGAACCACUUCUUCUGCGACGUGUCCCCCCUGCUGAACCUGGCCUGCUCCGACAUGUCCCUGGCAGAGCUCGUGGACUUCCUCCUGGCACUGCUCAUCCUGCUGGGGCCCCUGCUGCUCACCGUCUCCUCCUACUGCGCCAUCAUCGGCGCCGUGCUGGGCAUCCCCUCCACCGCCGGCCGCCGCAAGGCCUUCUCCACCUGCGCCUCGCACCUGGCCGUGGUGCUCAUCUUCUACUCGGCCUCCCUCUUCAUCUACGCCCGGCCUCGCGCCGUCAGCUCCUUCGGCCUCCACAAGCUGGUGUCCGUGGUCUACACGGUGCUCACGCCCCUGCUCAACCCCAUCAUCUACUGCCUGCGGAACCGGGAGGUCAAGGCGGCCCUGCACAGGGCGGGGCAGAGGGCGGCCGGGGCCCUGGGCACCUCCUCCUGGGAUGCGCUGCGGGCCAGCUCCCGCCCGUCCCCAGGACCGUCCCCAGGACCACCCCCGGGACCCACCCCUGGACCCCUCUCUUUUGCUCCCCCCGCUUGGCACCCGUGCACCAGCUCUGUGGCUGACCGGCCCUGUGCUGACCGAUGACCCCCAACCAGGGCAUUUCAGAGGGUGAGGAGCAUGUGGGGACCGAGGUGUGAGGGGGGAGUGGGGGCAGCUCCG